CCAUGAUUCUGGGACCUCAGCAGCCCUUGGAUUGUAAAACCAAUGAACACCCUUGCAUUAUGGGAGGCAGGAUGCCAAUGUGACCAUCCAAAGUCACAUAGGCAAAGCCAGGGCUACUCUUUUUAAGAAGCCCACAUCCACACUCUUAACUCUCAUGCUUAAAAAUGUCUUUUAGGGUGUGGGGUGGUGGCACGUGAUUUUAUUUUAAAUUACCUUUUUGAAUUUUAAGAAGUAUGUAUUUGUAUUUGUGGGUAUGCAUACUCAUGAGGAGCACCCUCAGAGUGUAGAAGAGUGUGUUGAUCUCCUGGAGCUGGAGGUACAAGCAGUGGUGAGCCACUUGAUAGAGGUGUUAGGAACCGAACUCGGGUCCUCUAGAACAGCAGCCAAGGUCCUUAACCACUGAGCCUUCCCUCAGCCCCCAAAGUGUCUUUCUAGAAAAAUAAACUCCAGUGGGAUGGGGAGAUGGCUCAGCAGUUAAGAACCACAGUUCAGUACCCAAUGCCAGAACUCUCACAGCUGCCUGCAACUGGCCUUCAUUGCACACACGUGGUAUGGACACAGUACAGGCCAAACACUCUACAUAAAAUAAUUUGAGUCAGGGACUCUCUGUAUAGCCCAAGCUGUCCUGGAAUUCAUUAUGUAGACCAGACUAGCCUUGAACAGAGAUCUGCCUUCCUCUGAUUCCCUAGUUCUGGGGUUAAAGGUGUGUUCCAUCAUUCCUGGCUCUUAAUAAAAAGCGAAACAACAAAACAAAAAAAAACCCUUCAAUUCUACUGAGAGGGAGGGGAGAGAGGGGAGGACCUCACAUCCAGCCUGCAUGCACCUCUUGAAACCAUCUAGGAACGGCAAAGCAGAGUGAAGGCUACAGAGCCUGGGUUGGGGGUCCUUUGUGGUGACAUGGAGGACAAGUCCUGAGUGCCGGGACGCCUCUUCCCCUUGGUGAGAUUUGUCUGUGGGUCUGGCUGAGGCAGGCUCAGACCCUUGCUUAGCAUGAGAGAGGGAACCCGGGCUGGAAGUCAAACACAGCCCAGGGAACACAGGUGUCCGUGUCCCCUCUCACCUUUCAGUGUUCCCAGCUCUGCCUUCUGCCCUCUGUGGGCAGGGUCAGCAGUGGAAAACAGGGAAAGCCUUUAACUCUUGAGGCUUUGCCCAAAUCUGCAUGGUCUUGAGUGCAUCCUGAAGGAAAGAAGGCGGAACCCCUGCCCCAGCCUACACUAGUUAAUGCCACUGAAGAGACAGUGUACUGUCUCACCUCCAAAUGUGGAUGUUCUAGAGUGAAUUCUUGAUAUAUGAAAGACUUGAGGUCACUUUCUUGGGAGGAAGGAAACGAACCCCUUCUAAAUUCAGACCUUCAGUGGUCCCCCAUUAGCCUCUCUACACGGCCCCUUCAGAGUAUGGGGAGAUUUGCCCACCAUUUCUCUCACUACUGAACAUCUAACAAGAUCUUCUGUGGAAGAGAUCAUCCCUGCUUGACCCUGGACACUGGGUGCACAGUCCUACUCAUAUGAUUUCACGGCUACUGUCCAGCCUGUGGAAAGCCAUUCAGAAAAGAUAACACAUUUUUGUGGAAUCCUCUCCCUGUCCAGUCAACUCCCCUGGGCCAACUGGAUAGGGUGUUCAAGGCUCCUGGCCAUGCUGGUGCACCUGAGACACCUUGCAAUCUUCGGGAACGUGGAUAAAGAAGGGUGCAGAAUCACCCAUUCAGAAUCACCAGCUGCACCCCAUCAUCAUCGGAACGUGAUUCUGCAAUCCUCUCCUGCCCAAUGAUGGUCAGGCCACCUCCCUGUCACCGAAAAUGAAUGGCAGUUCUAUCUCCAUUUUCCAGUGGGCCUUCAGCCCAUACUGCACCCUGGCUUCUCUUCCCACACUUAGGGGUUACUGAAAACUCUGCUCUGCUAAAGCCCCCGAUAGAUCCCCUUGACUAUAGAGGACACCUCACUGCCCAGAAAAGAGUCUCUUUUACCUUCUGGACACCCCUGUGCCUCACUCCUUCCUCUCUAGUGCCUUUCCUGUUCAGAUGACCCCCUAUCUCCUGCAAGCCCUCUGUGAACCCUCAGCUCCUUCCCAAGUAUAAAGGUCUCCAAGCACUCUCAUCCUUUUACAUUUUUUUAAUUAAAUGUUCGUGUGUAUGUUUGUGUGUAUGUCACAGAACAGAUGGGCAACUCAUCAGAGUUAGUUCUUCCAGGGCAGGAGCUCAAGGCAGGAACUGAAGCAGAGACCAUGGAGGAACACCUUAACUGGUUUGCCUCCCUCUGGCUCACUCACACACCUCUUCCCCCCUCCCCACCCCGGAGCUGAGGACCGAACCCAGGACCUUGAGCUUGCUAGGCAAGCGCUCUACCACUGAGCUAAAUCCCCAACCCCACUCACACGCCUCUUAUGAAGCCCAGGACCAUCUGUCUAGUAUGACACUGCCCAUGAAUCUUCUUACAUCAAUUAUCAACACACACACACACACACACACACACACACACACACACACACACACACACAAAACAAAAAUGGCCACAAGCCAGAAGCCAGUCACAAAGCAAUCCUUCAGUUGAGGCUCCAUCUUCCCAGGUGACCCUGGGUCUGUAUCAGGUUAAUAACUGGAACUACCUAUGACAGCCACACACCCCUACCCCGGGUUGACCUUAAGCUAUGGGAUUUGGCAGCAAGCGCCUUUCCGUGCUAAGCCAUCUCCUUGGCCCUGAUGACACCCUUUCAUGGCUAUAUUGAAAGGUUCUUUCCCUCCCCCAGUAUAAGGGCAGUUUACCAUUUCCCGGAACGGUGUCCUGGUUACUUUUCUACUGUGAUAAACACCACGACCAAGAGCAACUUUGGGGAAGAAAGGGCUUAUUCCACCUUACAGCUCUCAGGUCACUGGGGGAAGUCAGGACAGAGGUCAUGACAGGACCAGGAGAUAGUAGCUGAAGCAGAGACGGUGGAAGAACAAUGCUGACUGGCUUGCUCCUCAUGGCUUGCUCAGUUUGAUUACUUAUACAACUCAGGACCACCUGCCCUUCUCCCAACCCCUGUGGGAUGGGACUUCCCACAUCAUUCACCAAUUUAGGAAACUGUACCACAGGCCAAUUAUGUGGGGAUAUUUUCUCGGUUGAGUGUCUCUCUUCCCAAGUGAUUUUUGCUUGUGUCAAGUUGACAUAAACUAGUCAGCACGAGCAGGGUCGGUAGACAGACCUCAGCCAGGAUUCGGAAUACAUGAUUUAUUAGUUAGAUUUUUACUACUGGAACAAAGUACCAGAGCAAAACAAUGUAAUAAGAAGUAAGAUUUAUUUUUCAAUACUUGGUAACUUAACUGUUGCUUCUAGGAAGAAUACCAUGGUGGCAGGGAGCAUGUGGCAGAAAAAAUGGCAUACUCUGUGGUGGGCAGGAGACGGAGAUCAAGAAAAUAUGGGGCCAAUCAACUAGACCCCGACUUCUACUCUCUGCCACUUCACAAUAAUACCAUCAAAUUAUUAAUCCGUUAAUGGAUAAACCCAUUAGGAAGGUGCUUAAUCAAUUCUCCAAAGCACCACCAGCCUAGGGACCAAAGUCCCAACUUGUAGAGGUUUAAAGAUUAAAAAAAAAUUCUUUUAGAAUCAGGGGUUCACUGUGUAGCACUGGCUAUCCCAGAAUUCACUAUGUAGACCAGGCUGUCCCAGAACUUGCAGAGAUCCACCUGCUUCUGUCUCCUGCUCAUUGGGCACCUGUGUGCUACAAGCAUGUGCGUGAGUGAGUUCUCUCCUUCGACCAUGUGGAUCUCAGAUCUCCUCAGGCAUAGAAGCAGGUGUUUUUAUCUCUGAGCCAUCUCAAAGCCUUUCUGGGGACACUCUAUACCAAACCAUAAUACCUCCCAUCUUCCAUCAGCCUCCCUGGGCCUGGCAAUAUCAGGCUCUAACACACAGAGGCAACCCCACACAAACAGUAGACUCACCAUUACCCCCCUGCUGAUGACACUGUCCUGACACAAGAGGACAGGCUCUCUUGGAAGCCAUCCCCCCGCCCCCACCGGUUGCUGUGUUCCUGUUAACAAGCCCUGUAGUCCUUCCCAGAGGCAGCAACAUGCCAACCUCCAAAUGUCGUCCAGCUCCAGAAGGUCAGGUAGACUCAGAGCUGUCCCAUCAUUCUCUUUUCCAUCCAACUCAAUCUGCUCAGUGCCAAAAUGAUGUCCUUCCACUGUGUCCUUUCCGUGAGGCCCACACUACUCCACUCCGACCCCACAACGCACACAGCACAGAUGAUCCUGGUCACAUCUGCAUGAGUAUCUGUCCACACAGGCACCUUAUACUCAUCACACACACACACACACACACACACACACACACACACACACGGCUCCUGGCAUGUAAAUGACCAGUCACAGAUACAAUGACAGGCAUGCUGUGAGGCAGGAACAUGUAUGAGCUGAUCACAAAGAAGCAGGAGAGAAAACUGAAUCCACAGCAGUGGCAGCCACAUUCUUGGUUACAUCCGAAGUCACGUAGUCACAUGUCCACAGAGCCUAGGCAUCCCAGGACUAUAGUUACUGUGUUCCACAUAGUCACACACAUAUAAGUUCUAGAAACACCUACACACUGACAACCACCCCAUCUACCCGAGGCAGACACCCCAUACACAGACCAUACAAACCCUCGCCAGUCACCCCCAGUCCUCAAAACACCCUAGCCCACCACAACACGCAGUCAAUUCCAUGCUUAUCCACACUCCUCCCUUCCAAGACUGGCCCAAGAGUGAAACAAAAGCCCAGUGCCCAUCUCCUCCGGCUCCCUCUCCUCCCCUCCCCCCUGGCGUCCAGACAGACCCUUUGUCCUCCCACAGCUGAGCCCAAGUGGGAGUCUAGGCAAGCGAGAAUAAAAUCAGCUCAGGCUGCUAGGCUAGCGGGCAAAGCCAGCAAGUAAGCGGUGGGCACAGGCAGGAGAGGUCUCCUGUCUCCGCCAGAGCAGCAGUUCCCAGUCCCAGGAAGAGGGUGUGGACAGGUAAGAGCCAAGUACCUUAGGGUUUGGCAAAAGGGCUGUCUUGCUCUGGGGAGCAUCCACCCGAAGUGUGAGCCUAUGCUGUCAAUGUGUAUGUGGGGGUGGAGGUGUGUGCGUGUGUCGGGAGGAGGUGCAGGAUAGUGGCUCACUGGGACAGCUUCACAGGCUGAAUCUCAGUCCGUGACUUUGUGAGAUGGGAAAAUGCUGACGGAAUCCCUGACUUCCCAUGUGUCCUUGGGCUCCCAGACUAUAGGACUCCAUGGUGGAAACUGAGUCUCCACUACUGUGUGUCCACAGUUCCCUCAGCCUGGGACAGAAAAGGUGGCAGUAGAAUGAGUAAGUAUCCGCACAGUUGCUAGGAGGUGAACUUAAGGAUCACACUAGCAGGCAGAUUCCUUAUGCUGAGACCUACCUUCUUGGGGCUCAGCCUAGAGAGUAGCUGUGUCCUGUGCUAGCUAAGGACAGCCCUGCUGCACUCUGAUGGCCUGUCUCGUUCCCCUCUGUAGAUCCCUGUGUUCCCUGAGGACACACCUCCCCCCUGGUGAGAGCUAGAGAGGAGAGACUUAAUAGCCCAGUGCAUGGUGGGUUGGGACUGGUAACCUUUAUAUGGGCAACAAUCAUUGUCCACCGGGAGCUAAUUUCUUGUGUCUCUGAGGCAGGGGAUGCACUGCAUAGUCCUGCAUAAGCUAUGAAAGGCAGGCUGAUCUGUAGAUGGGACAAUGUAGGGAAAGGAAUGAGGCAGAGACAGAGAUGAGUCUUGGAGUUAAGUUCCCACAGAAAGGAGAACGCCGCCAAUCUUCAGAACAUGCCAAGUAUUGGCUCUGUGUUCUUAAGGAAGGACCAAAUGCUAACCAGGGUGAAUGGCCUGCAAUCUCAUUGACCCUCACAGCAAACAUCUGAGGGGCAGGCUCCCUCCAGACUGCCUCCUCACAACAAACUCCUCUGAGGGUCAACUUACCCACACCCCAUGCAGUAAAAAGGUAAGCAAAUGACUGGGACAUACUACAAACCCAGCACUUUUACAUGCCCCAUCUAAUAGUUACAGUUCUGUGGCUAGGUAUUAUGAUUGUUUCAGAAAUGGAGCCAGUGACUUGCCCUGGUGAGAUCACUCCAGACUAAAGGAGGAUUAUAGCCCACGUGGUCCCUAGAGCCUGGAUCUUUCCACUGGAAACUAGAAACAUGUCUCACUCUCUUGCUUUUACACAGCUAAUUCUGCCCAUCUCAUGAAUCUCUUUCCUAGCUCUGUUCCAACUGUGUUUACUAUUCUUUCUGAGCUCCCUCCAAUUCUCCUGAGUUCUCUCAAAGGACCUCUGCCCAAGCUCUGAGCUCCAGAAAGGCAGAGAUUAUGACUGUUCAGGACACACACACACCAAUUUUAAUAAACACCAGUUUAGGGCUGGAGAGGUGGCUCAGUGGUUAGGAGCACUGACUGGUCUUCCAGAGGUCCUGAGUUCAAAUCCCAGCAACCACAUGGUGGCUCACAACCAUCUGUAAUGAGAUCUGAUACCCUCUUCUGGUGUGUCUGAAGACAGCUACAGUGUACUUACAUAUAAAUAAGUAAAUAAAUAAAUAAAUAUUUAAUAAACACCAGUUUAAGUAACACAUGCACUUGACCUUGAGUAAGUAUUGAGCUCCUGGUAUACUACUGUGCUGUCUAAAUAGAACAGAGUUUGGUCAAGGGGAAGUACCUACAGGAGAUCUAAAGGUAACACUUAAGUGAGAGGAAAACACACACACACACACACACACACACACACACACACACACACACACACACACACACGUGUCUAGGGUACCCUGAAUCCCUUACUCAGAGACUACAGCUCGUGCAAAGAAACCAUCUCUCUACGGACAUUUUGCCCAGGUUCCAGCCAACUUCCUGAAGUUCCCCAUUCAGAAUUUGGGAGUAGUCUUCCUGUCGGUGGUAGCCGUGUAGCCGUGUGACACUACUCAAUCCUAGUUGGCACCCCUAAACACUGCAUAGUCUAGAUUUGUAUAAAUCAUUCCACCCCCUCACUUUAACUCUCCUCAAAUUAUCUUGAGUCUGCCAUCUGUUUCCUGCAGAGCCUGGCAGGAAAAAGCUUACCAAACCUGAACAGAAAAAGGCAAUAUGGCUUCAAUUGGAGAGGAAGACUGGACACAGAAGGCAGGGCUGGCUCAUGGCCAUCAGGAGUCUAGAUGGGGUGGUGGGGUUGGUAGGUGCAUGGUGAGUGCACCGGAAGUGAAUGGUGAAUGAACUAGUUAGGGAAAGCCUAAAUGUUCGGGAUGUCCACCAGCAGGCCCAUCUUCGAUGCUGUCUGUGUUCUCUCCCGGCAGGAUGAGGGAGUCCCCGGGGCGCGAGGAGUCGGAGGCGGGCAUGGAGGCCCCGUGUGCCGCGUCCUGCCACGCGCAGCGCAUCCUGCAGACGCUCAACGCGUACCGCCGGAGCGGCACCCUCACCGACGUGGUGUUGCGCGCCGGAGGCCGCGACUUCCCGUGCCAUCGCGCGGCGCUCAGCGCGGCCAGCGCCCACUUCCGCGGCCUGUUCGCGGCCGGCCUGCCAGAGCGCACGGCGGCCGUGGUCCCGGUAGGGCCGGAGACGCCGGGGACGGCAGCAGCACUGGCUGUGGUGCUCGACUACGUGUACGGCGCGGGCGUGCGGCUGCGCGCUGAGGACGAGGCGGCCGCCGUGCUUGCGCUGGCCGAGCGGCUGGGCGUGGCCGGGCUGCGCGAGGCGUGCGCGCGCUUCCUCGAGGGCCGCCUGCGCGCCGCUAACAGCCUGUCCCUUCGCCGGGUCGCCGCCGCCUUCUCCCUCGCCUCCCUGGCCGAGCGCUGCGGCCGCGUGCUGCGCCAGGCCUUCGUGGAGGUGACGCGCCAUGCCGACUUCUUGGAGCUCGCGCCCGACGAGGUGGCGGCGCUGCUGGCCGACCCCGCGCUGCGCGUGGCGCGCGAGGAGGCGGUGUUCGAGGCGGCCAUGCGCUGGGUGCGCCACGACGCGCCGGCCCGCCGCGGGCAGCUUCGUCGCCUCCUGGAGCACGUGCGCCUGCCGCUGCUGGCGCCCGCCUACUUCCUGGAGAAGGUGGAGGCGGAUGAGCUGCUGCAGGCCUGCGGCGACUGCCGCCCACUGCUGCUUGAGGCCCGUGCCUGCUUCAUCCUGGGCCCCGAGGCAGGCGCGCUGCGGGCCCGGCCGCGGAGGUUCAUGGACUUAGCUGAAGUGAUCGUGGUCAUUGGCGGGUGUGACCGAAAGGGGCUCCUGAAACUGCCUUUUGCGGAUGCUUACCACCCAGAAAGUCAGCGCUGGACCCCACUGCCUAGCCUGCCUGGCUAUAUGCGCUCAGAAUUUGCCUCCUGUGCACUUCGAAAUGACAUUUACGUUUCUGGAGGUCACAUCAACAGCCGUGAUGUCUGGAUGUUUAACUCCCAUCUGAACACCUGGAUCAAGGUUGCCUCAAUGCACAAGGGCAGGUGGAGGCACAAGAUGGUGGCCCUGCAGGGACAGCUCUUUGCAGUGGGUGGCUUCGAUGGCCUGAGACGCCUGCGCAGCGUGGAGCGCUAUGACCCGUUCUCCAACACCUGGGCGGCCACAGCGCCCCUGCCGGAGGCCGUGAGCUCUGCAGCCGUGGCGCCCUGCGCUGGCCAGCUCUACGUGAUUGGAGGCGCCGGGCAGGACGGUGUCAAUACUGACAAGGUGCAGUGCUUUGACCCCAAGGAGGACCAGUGGAGUCUGCGGUCACCGGCACCUUUCUUGCAGCGGUGUCUUGAGGCUGUCUCCCUGGGAGACACCAUUUAUGUGGUGGGAGGCCUCAUGAGCAAAAUUUUCACCUAUGACCCUGGCUCGGAUGUCUGGAGAGAGGCAGCUGACCUGCCCAGCCCUGUGGAGAGCUGUGGCGUGACAGUGUGUGAUGGGAAGGUCCACAUCCUUGGUGGGCGCGACGAACAUGGAGAAAGCACCAAUAGUGUCUUCACCUUUGACCCUGGCAGUGGGCAGGUGGAGGCCCAGCCGUCCCUGCAGCGCUGCACCAGCUCUCAUGGCUGUGUCACCAUCGUCCAGAGCCUGAGCAGGUGACUCAGACUGGGACAGCCUCAGCCAGGAGGCAUGGCACUUGGCCCCCCUGCUGGAACCUCCAUGUGAACAGCCCUUUAACUUAUUUCCCCUCUUAUAGAAAUAAAACCUUUUUCAAAAGUUG